CUGAAAUAGAAAGAUGGCAGCCCCAUUAAUUGUGGCAGCACUGGGAGAAGCUGAAAGUGAUCUUAGGCCAGGUCUGCACUAUGGAAUUUUGCCAGCACAGCUACGUUAAUCAGUGGAGUGAAGAGGACUUGUGAAGUUGGGGGUUCACUGUGUAACAUGUCAAAAGGUCGCGAUAAAAAUUGUCAACAGAGAGAAGCUCAGCGAGUCGGUGCUAAUGAAGGUGGAGCGGGAAAUAGCCAUCCUGAAGUUGAUAGAACACCCCCACGUUUUAAAGCUGCAUGACGUUUAUGAAAAUAAAAAAUAUUUGUAUUUGGUGCUAGAACAUGUAUCAGGUGGGGAGCUCUUCGACUAUCUCGUAAAAAAGGGAAGAUUAACGCCAAAAGAAGCCAGGAAGUUCUUCCGACAAAUCAUCUCUGCUUUAGACUUCUGCCAUAGUCAUUCAAUAUGCCACAGGGAUUUAAAACCAGAAAACCUACUGCUGGAUGAAAAGAACAACAUCCGGAUAGCAGACUUUGGAAUGGCAUCACUGCAGGUCGGGGACAGCUUGUUAGAAACCAGCUGUGGGUCGCCACAUUAUGCCUGCCCUGAAGUGAUCCGGGGAGAAAAAUACGAUGGGAGGAAAGCGGAUGUCUGGAGCUGUGGAGUCAUUUUAUUUGCAUUGUUAGUGGGUGCCCUGCCAUUUGACGACGACAACUUGCGGCAGCUGUUGGAGAAGGUGAAGCGGGGUGUGUUCCACAUGCCACAUUUCAUCCCUCCAGACUGUCAGAACCUCUUGCGGGGGAUGAUUGAAGUGGACGCCUCGAAACGUCUCACGCUAGAACACAUUCAGAAACACAUAUGGUAUAUAGGGGGUAAGAAUGAACCAGAACCAGAACAACCAAUUCCUCGAAAGGUGCAGAUUCGUUCUCUCCCUUCCCUGGAGGACAUUGAUCCAGACGUGUUAGACAGCAUGCACUCGUUAGGUUGCUUCCGCGACCGAAAUAAACUCUUACAGGACCUGUUGUCGGAAGAAGAAAACCAAGAGAAAAUGAUUUAUUUUCUUCUCCUUGAUCGGAAAGAGAGGUAUCCCAGUCAUGAGGAUGAGGACCUGCCCCCUCGGAAUGAAAUUGAUCCCCCCAGGAAGCGUGUGGACUCCCCAAUGCUGAACCGGCAUGGGAAGCGGCGGCCAGAAAGGAAGUCGAUGGAGGUUCUCAGUGUGACAGAUGGCGGUUCCCCGGUCCCAGCUCGCAGAGCUAUUGAAAUGGCACAGCAUGGACAGAGUAAAACAAUGUUCAGUAAAAGCCUGGAUAUCUCUGAAGCCAAUCCCAAAUUCAACAAAGAAGAAAGGAUGGCGAGUGCUGAUGCAUUGGGGUCUCGGUCGAUCAGCGGAGCUUCAUCUGGUCUCUCCACCAGCCCCCUCAGCAGUCCAAGGCCUAUCAGAAAGUUUUUCAUCCCCCCUCAGACUCCUGACCUCCCUUUCUCCCCCCGACCCCAAGUUUCCUUGGACCCUGAUGCUUGUAGGAACGCCUCCAGGCCUGGACAUGUUCUCCAACCAAAGCCAACACUUCAGUCCAACCCAAAGACGCAGACUUUGCCAUCCAAGAACAAAUUGGCCGAAAAACCACUCCAGUCUACCAAAUCCAACCCGCUCCCUGCCAGCAAUGCCAACACCCCCUCUUCCCAGAAUCCCCCUGUGCAGAAUGCUCAGGGCCGCCCACCCACUGCCAGCUUUAGCCCCCAGCUGGCCAUUCCUACAGUGCAGGCCAACCCUAUGUCUCCUAUUAGAUUACUCCCUUCUAGUACUGACCCAAGCACCAAAUCUAUCCCCAUCAUACAGGUCACCCCUCACCCCUCUCCAAGGGGAAGUCCCCUCCCUACCCCCAAGGGGACACCCGUCCAUACGCCAAAGGAGAGCCCAGCAGGCACACCCAACCCAACGCCACCAUCCAGCCCCAGCAUUGGAGGAAUGCCCUGGAGGACACGGCUCAACUCAAUCAAGAACAGCUUCCUGGGGUCUCCUCGAUUCCAUCGCCGGAAAUUGCAAGUACCUACACCAGAGGAGAUGUCCAAUUUAACCCCGGAAUCUUCCCCAGAGCUUGCCAAAAAAUCCUGGUUUGGUAACUUUAUCAACCUGGAGAAAGAAGAACAGAUCUUUGUGGUCAUUAAAGAUAAACCACUAAGCUCCAUCAAGGCUGACAUUGUGCACGCUUUCCUCUCGAUUCCCAGCCUCAGUCACAGCGUCAUCUCACAGACAAGUUUCCGUGCAGAGUACAAGUCCACGGGGGGUCCCGCUGUCUUCCAGAAGCCAGUGAAGUUCCAGGUGGACAUAACAUACACAGAAGGGGGCGAGGCACAGAAGGAGAAUGGGAUCUACUCAGUCACUUUCACGCUCUUAUCAGGUCCAAGCCGUCGCUUCAAGAGGGUAGUAGAAACCAUUCAGGCACAGUUGCUAAGCACACAUGACCAGCCUUCAGUGCAGCAGUUAUCAGGCAGCCCAUUGAGUAACUUCUUUGACGUAAUUAAACAACUUUUUUCAGACGAGAAGAACGGGCAGGAAUUAUCCCGAAAAGUUAACAUGUCAGCCACGGCUUCACCUUCUGUGCUCUGCGGACACUUGUUGACGGAAGGAAACCGAUGUAGACUGUCCAAGGACCAGUCCUGUUUGAGGUUCCCAGCCUCCCCCUCUGCCCCCAGGAAAUGGGUUUCUCCCCCACCUCCCCAACACACACUUUUUCUCUUUUUCUUUUUGGUGCUCCACGAGGGAGAUCUGCUCAGUAAUGGGAUUGCACAACCUGGGCUGGAAGCAGGUUGCAAUUGUUGGAGCGACACCAUUGUCCUUGACAACAUUCGUCUGUGCAGGUGAACUCAGACUGGCAGGGGGAGGGAGGCAAGAAACCAGGGGAAAUGUAACCAUGAAACCAGGGAGCACUCUCAGCCAAAACCACCAAGGAGUGAGUAAAAGCAAAGCAUCGAACCAAGACAAUAUCGGGGAGUUUCACUGUGGGAUUUUCUCCAACUCCUUUUUCCUCCCUGUCCCCACCCUUUCCUUUUUUCUUUUUUAAAUUGUGUUUGUUUUUGAUACUCUUAUCAUUUUGCUUUUCGACCUGCUGGAGGGGGAGGGAAUCCUCCCGGGGGGGUUGGGGGAAUGAACAAACACAAAAACAAACAAACAUUCAAACUUAGGGAAAAGGCAACAUACGGCAGCAAAAGAGGCGGGAAAGGAUUCUGCCUAGCUGAGAACAGUCUCUCUUGUCACCAACUGCCGUUGCCGCUGCUGCUGCUGCUCCUUCUUCAUCUUCCUCUUCACUCUUCAACUCCUGCCUACCACACUGCCGUGUUGGGACCUUCUUCCACCAUCUGGAUCCUCCAACACACCCUGCAUUUGGAUGCAAUUGUCGUGUCGCUCGUGCUGCAUCAAUAUCAGUAUUAUUAUUUAUUUACUGGUUUUGAUUUAUUUAUUUAUUUGAUUUAUUGGGUUUUUCAACAAACAGACGAAGAAGAAAAGAGGAUAAUUUGGGUUUUUUUUCCAUGUGUGUGCAUGUGCAUACCACUGGCACUUCAUUCAUCUGAGUGAGACGAGGAGUCAGUGCUAUGGGCAAGUGAAUCACGAAGCUACUGUAAACUUUAAAAAUUACUGCAAGAUAUUUUUAUAAACCUUUUUUUUUU